AGCUGACGUAGACAGACCUCUUUGGCCAAUUCCGAGGACAACCAAAGCGUUGCGCGAAGCGAGUGCUCAGCAUCUGGUAUCUGCUGACGCUCCUCCUACAGUUACUCCGUAUUGGUGCGAAUAUCGUCCCCCAAGGACCCUGCAUCCAGCGGAAAGAUACCUCUGUAGUGACAUUGGCGAACAAUAGCUGCUGCAGCAGUGAUUCAAUGUCGCGUCUGCUCCUGUCCACAUGGAAGUAGCCGAUCGAAUCAAUAACGCCACGAACUCCGCAAGCGGACACCCACUCGGUCAAAGCAUUGUGGGUUUGUGGACUCUUGAAAGAUUGGUUAUAUAAGAAGGAUUGUGCAAACAGUCGAGCACCCCCAACAGCUUUUAAUCAUGCAUCGCGCUCUCUUAAUCGACGAUAUCCUCCAUAUCAUUUUACAUAAUGUCAAGUCCUCCACAGUGGACUUGAGAAACUUGGCACUGACCUGCACCGCACUCUCAGCUCCCGCCCUCAAUAUGCUCUGGUGUUUGCCCCAGGACACCUGGGAAGUCGGAGAGCACAAUGUUAUUAAAAUGUUGCGCGAGCCGCAACUCGCGGAGUGGGAGCGCGUUAGAAUGAACGCGUCAAGGACACGCAGGAUUGUUCGCAAUAGGAGCCACACGUUUUUCCGUUUCCCGAGACUACGUGGCCCGGGCCUACAGCGACUUUUCCGGCUCAUGCCUCCCGCUCUACUCUUCCCUAAUUUGCGUGCACUCAAUUUCGACGCUCUGCCGGAGGUUGGCUCAAAUUUCGUUCUACUGCGCCAGUUCUUCUCGCCCAGAUUAGAAGAACUUUCCUUCAAUGUACCACCAGACGUUACGAUGCAUGAGGUAGAACAGUUGUUCGAUGCUCUUCGUGCAGAAGCGGCCGGCCUUCGACAACUUUCAAUAAAGGCGAACCACGGUACUUCGGCUUUGCAUUGUACACUACCUCAGAGUGUCGGAAAACUGCCAAAGUUAAAUCGGCUGGUCAUAGACAGAAUCGAUACACGCUCGAUUGUGCAGAACAUUACCAACAUCCAGCAUACCCGCUGUCUCCAAACCCUGACUCUUACUUUGUGCAAAACGUCCCGCGAUGUGGAGGGCCAACCAUCGGGCAACACGCCACUCGAAUUGCGUACCCUAAAACACCUCUUUCUCGUUGGCACUAACUUGCGACAAUGCGUAUUCCUCCUUUUUCAAGUGACCACCCCAUACUUAUCAACCAUCGAUAUCUCGUACCAUAUACCUGCUACACCGAUGGAAAUCACCGCGUUUAUCACAUGUCUUUCCAUGUCUUGCCAAACAUUCGCAUUCCUGGAAAACAUUUCUGUCGUCGACGAUUCGCUUUACCGGACAUGGCAGCACCCCGACUCCUACGGCCCACUCCCUUCUUAUAUUUUCCGCCCUUUGCUCGAGUUCAGAAGGCUGUCGACUGUCAAUUUCGUUGCUGUUGGAAAUAACUGCCUUGAUGAUGGGUUCAUCGAGGAUGCCGGGGUUGCCUGGCCGGAUAUUCUUGAAUUGAGGUUCAUCUCGGCAAAACCUGUCCCUUCCGAGGUCACAUUCACUGCUAUGCUCUCAUUGGCGUCAAGGUGCAGAUCGCUGCAUAGCCUACACCUAGCAUUCGAUGCCACUCAUCUUCCAACGCUUCCUCAUGCACCAGACGGAAACCGGGAGGUUUGGCGCGCGCAAACAGCCCUCCGCGAGCUGCAUGUCGGACACUCAAAGGUGUCGGAAGCGGCACAUGUCCAUUUCUUCCUCGCUAUGGUGUUUCCAAACCUGGCUGAUUUCGCCUGGUACGAUUCGCUCAAUCCGUCUGAUAUUACUGUAUGGCAAGAAAUUGUGCGAUUGUGGAAACAAGAAGUGAACCUUCGGGCAACGGCUCCAAAUAGGGCGGUUUCCUUGCCAGACUUCCUACUGGAGUCACUGUCGGAGGCGGAAGAUGGAGUGGGGGAGCACGGUAACUUGCUACAGGGAUUGUAGGAGGUCCUAAUUGUAACUUCAUAUGUACUAGUAUGAUAUAGUGGCUGCUGUAUAUAUCUGCUCUGUAUGUUUAUUCAACAUGUCGACGAAAUGUAUGUAAAUCGAGUAAC